GACGAACGGCGCGACCUAUGCGUUGAAUCGUUGCACAGCUCUGCGCUGUCUGCAUACCGCUGCGAAUUUCUAGCGCCGCGAGAGCGCCAGACAGAACCUAGACCACAGGCCGCACAAGGAGACAAGCGCCUGCAAAAGAGAUGCCACCCUCAAACAAGCCAGUCCUCAUAACCGGCGCGGCAACGCCACUAGGCCACGAAGUCUGCCGCACGCUCCUCGCGGCCGGACGGGAGGUCGUCGCCCUGAUCGACGAAACCGACACCGAGAGCCUCACCGCCGUCGAGCUCGAGGCCGAAGGCGCGCGCUACGCGUUGGCCGUCGGGCACGGCCGCGCGGCGGUCGUCGGCCGCGCCAAUGAUGCUGAUGCGCAGUUCGCGUACGAUCCGUCGAUGUCGGCGCGCCACUGCCGCGUCGAGCACGACGGGAGGGCCGUCAUCGUCCGGGAUCUCGAGUCCAUGAAUGGCACACUCGUCGACGGCGCCGCGGCGCCGCGGGCGCUGCGCGUCGGCUCGGUCAUCGAAGCCGGCGACACGGACCUCCGCGUUGUAGCCAUCGGACCGGCGCGCGACCGCGCCGCCCUCUCUCUGAAGCGCCGCGGCGCCAUCAUAGUUACGGAUCUGGCCGCCGCGCGCGGCUGCGCGGCCGCCGUCGACUGCGCGCCGCCGCUCGAAACGCCGGCUGCGGAACGACAACGCACCCUCGCCGUCCGCGCGGCCGUCGGCGGCGGACCAAUCGCCGCGGUCUCCUCAUCCGCCGUCUACGACGGCGCGCGCGCAUGCCACGGUCGUCGGCCUUUGAUAGAGACGGACUUCCUGCCGCGCGAGGCCACGCCGGCGACGCCGUGGGCGGCACGCGAGCAUGCGCUCUCGGACGGCCGCGCGGUUGUGGUGCGCCUCUUCGACGUGUUCGGUGGAGAUCUCAACUGCGGCGCGGCGCCAGCCGGCGCCGCUGCGUCGCUGGUGCGCGCGCUCGCGCGCGGCCUGCCCGGUGGCGCCGCGACCUACGAGGGCGAUGCGUCGCACGUGUCUGAGGCGGCGACGUGGCUCUGCGCGGCGCUCGACGCGGCCGAGACAGGUGACCGCUUCGUCGUCUGCAACGGCGGCCGCGGCGCGACGACGCGCGGCUCGGAACUCGAGGCCGCCCAUUUUUCACGCGGCGCGCCACCCUCCUCGCCUCCGGCCGCGUCGCGCUGCGCCGACGUCUCCAAGCUGCGCGAGCUGCUCGGCGUCGCCGGCGGCGGCCUCUCGGUGGCGCGCGGCGUGGCGCUCUGUGUCGCCGAGGAAGCGGCGGCUCGAGGCUGCGUGUCGGCGGCGGUGCCGCCGAGCCUCCCGCGCGCUCUCCUGCGCGCUCGUCGACGGGUGCGGCGCGGCCUCGCGAUCGCCGAACAGGGGCCGACGCGGCGGGCGGCGCACAGCGGCCGCGCGAUCCUUCCGGCGCUGCCCGCCGACGCCCUCACCGCGGUCCUUGCCUUCGUCGACGGUGCCGACCUCGCGCGCCUCCGGAGCGCGACCAAGGGCUUGAUCGCCGGCGCCGACGCCGCCGCGGUCGCCUUGUGCCGCGCCAAGGGCUAUUCGCGACCGGAUUGGGCGGCGCCCGGCGCGCCACGUUUGCUGGCCGCUGCCGGAGCGUGGCGUCACCCGGUCACCGUGUCGCGCGGCCGCGACCCGUUCGCGCCGCGCGUCCAGCACGCGACGGCCACAGUCGGCGGCCGCGUAUACUGCUACGGCGGAUUGGGCGACGACGGCCGCCCGACCGACGCGCUCGACGUCCUCGAGCUGUCCGCGGACAGGACCGUCGCACGCUGGCUGCCGUUUGCGACGACGGGCGACAAGCCGGACGCCGCCGAGAACGCGCGGAUGACUGCGGUGGAGCUGCUGGACGGCCGCCAGUACCUCGUCGUUUUGGGCGACGCCUGUUGCCACGUCCUCGAUCUGUUGUCGCGACACUGGAACGGGUACCAGUGGCCGCUGUUUGGAAGCGCGCAUUUUGCCACUAUGAAUAUCAGCGGCCGGCCGCACGUCGUCUCCAUCAAUAAUAGCUACGAAGCCUUUUGGGUGAUCGACGCUGAAAAGCUGGUCAGCGGUGACUCUACGGCGUGGGCGCUAGCGAAAGUGCGGGAUGGUGUGCCCUUCAGCCCGCGAGAAGGCGCUGCCGCCGCCGUCGUCGGCGGGUCCACGCUCGUGAUCACCGGCGGGCGGACGCGGCUUUUCGCGGGAGAGAUAGAUGAGACGCUCUUUCUGAAUAUGGCGGAGUCCUUCACGCUCUUCUAUGAUACAUUCCUAGAGAAAUACGUCGUAGACAACGAGCGGUGGAGUAACCCCAACGGCCGCAAUGACGUCCGGCGCUCCCACCACGCCGCCGUCGCGCUCGCGGACGGCUCCAUCCUCGUCAUAGGGGGCAUCGAAAAUGGCCAAGGCGUCACCGACGCCCAGAUCAUCCGCGAGGGCCAAGAUGUCGUGCCCUUCGACGCGCUCGGCGAGCCGGGGCAUCGCGUCGCCGCCUCGGUGGCACGCGUCGGCGACGCCGUCGUCGUUGUCGGCGGCCAGGGCGCGCUCGAGCGCCGCGGCGACGUCGACGUGCUCGUGCUGCCGGAGAGGAAGGAGAUCAUCGCACCGAUGGCGGGUAGCGGGGUCUUGUCCGUUGUAGCGCAGCUACAGCUCGAAGUGGGUGCUUGAAUCGAAUGCCUCCCCCCUUGUUUGUCCUCAUGUAACAACAACUGUA